AUGGGAUUUUGGUCUUUACUAUUUGUCGUCUCACAGUCAUGUGCGCAGAUAUUGCUUAUGUGUGCGACAGGGUAUAUUUGUGCUUAUAAGGGCAUAAUAAAUCCAACUGUGCAAAAGGGUAUAUCAGCAUUGUCAGUUGCAAUUCUGACGCCAUGUUAUCUUUUCUCACAAAUCGCACUCGCAAUUGAUAUCGAGAUGCUUGUUCGUCUUUGGCCAAUAGCAGCAUUCUUGAGUUUAUACGUUGUGGUAGGCACAAUGCUUGGACUGCUCGGUGGAAAAAUUCUACGAGUCUCUAAACCGGAAACUAACUUCAUCAUAGUCGCGAUUGUUUUCAAUAAUCUAACGAGCAUUAACGUGAGUCUGCUGAAAAAUUUGCAAGAUACCCCAGCUAUACAAUAUUUUCUAAUCGACGAGGAUGAUACCCCAGUUGAUGCAGUAAGACGCGGUAUUUCGUUCGCUUUAUUGGCCACUCUUCUCAGUAAUUUUCUUCGGAAACCAAUUUUGGCUAAGUUAAUAAAUAAAAUUUUGACGAUCGUAAAAGCUACACGCAAAAUGAUGAAUCCACCUCUCUACGCUGCGAUCGGUGCCUUAAUUGUUGGCACAAUACCGACAUUAAAAAGUCAAUUCUUUGGUUCAAAUGCGAUCCUUUAUCCGACAGUCACCACAACAAUGAUUAAUCUUGGAAAUCUCAUGAUUCCAGUAACGCUUCUGCUACUCGGCACACAACUCUACAACAAUCAACCAACGAGGAAAAAUAGCGAAUUUUUCCCGACGAUCGGUUGGGUCGCUUUGUCACGAUUCUUGCUUGUCCCUUUGUUGGGAAUUCCAUUGGUCUAUUUCACUAGAUCAUGGUAUAAUUAUUAUGACCCAAUGCUUUGGUUUGUGUUGAUGUUGCUCUCCACCAACCCAACCGCGAUUAACUGCGUUAAUAUCACACAUUUGACUGGGACAUUCGAAGAGGAAAUGUCUACACUAUUAUUCUAUACUUAUCUUAUCACGGCGCCAAUAUUGUCCUUUAUGGUAAUGCUUAUGAUUGUACUCAUCGAAAACGCGAAAUUAUCCUAG